AUGGCUGCCACGAGAGCUUCCAACUGUAUCGGACAUUUCAGUCCAGAAGAACUGAAGGACUGGCCAGAGCCUCAGUGGGUUUCUUCAGUGGAGGUAUUAGCUAGAGAAGACAUUGAUGGAGCUGUGCAUGCAAUAUUAUUUAGAGAAAAUUAUGUUGUGAAGAAAUUGGAUAUGUAUUUUCAGCAUGUGGAUAUUUUUAAGGAAAGAAAAAAGGAGUUAUUACAUAAAAAAUGGGUCAAACAAGUUGCAGAGCCUCUUCAGCAGAAAGUAAUGAAAAAAGUACUUUCAUGCAAAAAAUCAAAGAAAAUAAAACAAGAGAAAUAUGGAUAUUUCUUAGAGCACGGCAACAAAACGAGUACAACCCCUGCAUUGGAUGAUGCUCAGGUUCAAAGGUGGCAAGAGUUGGAUGACAAGAAGAGACUUCAUGCCCAAGAUAGGACAGAAAAAAGACACUGCACCAAAAAACAACUUAAAGACCCGGAGAAAGCCAAAUUGUCCCAGUACGUUUUCACUCCACGCGGUGUGGUCCCGGUAGCAUGGGAAGAAGCUUCUGAAAGACCCAUGAAGAAUAAAAAUGGUGGAAUGUACAGUGCUGAAAACCUCAUCUUCGCAGAAACUCCUCUAUCUGGUGACAACAAUAUACCUAACUUAAGCCAGACUGCUUUUGAAAAACAGCUCUGUUCCUCAAACCGCAGGCAGUACAAACAGGCUAAAAAGAAGGGUCUGGUUUCAAUGGACCGACAGGAGAGACCUCGCUCCUGGGCAGUGGGAGAUGACCAACACGAACAGGAGGCACUGCCUGUGCAAAGAAGAGUGAUGACUGCAGAUGUCCUGGGGAAGUACCUGGACUCUGUGCACAAGAUGGUCAGGUCGGGACGUUUGUAAUAGAGCUUCCUUGCCUUCACAGGGCAGGGUGUGUGUCCAAAGACUGAGAACCUCGUUUUUCUUUCCAUAAGUGGAAAGACCUUGUAAGAAAUAUCCAAAUAAUAGCACUUACUGUUUAUUGAGUUCUGGUCAUGAACUAGGAACUUUGUGUUCAUUGAAAUAUUUUAACAGCAAGGUAGCAUUGUUAUCUUCCAAUAUUUGAUGCUCAGAGGGUCUCAAUGACUGGUGUGAGGCCAACCUAGCAGCCCAGUUCCUAGCUUAAAAGUGCCGGUGUCCUUCUGUUCCAAGGCCAAUCAAGGCCCUGCCUCCAGGGCACCUCCUAUGAAGGUGGGGUUAUCUACUCCUCUGCCAUACCACCCCCACCCCUAGGAGCUUGAGGGGUUUGGUGGGGAUCCCAGGUUUUCACAAGUUGUGUGAGGGCUGCCUUCCCAAUGGAUGUAGGAUCUAAGUCAUCUUAGGGUAUCCCCUUCCCGCUACCAGCUACACUCUCUGAAAAUGAGGCUUGUACUUCAGUGUGGGGAGAGAGGUGGGUGUGUUGUGUUGUUGACAUAAUGUAUCUUCUGUAGCCAUUAAAGUUGUCUGACUCAG